ACACAUUACUGUAUUUUGAUUUGCGAAUCUCAUUUCAUUUGUUAUGUUGAAAUUGUGUUGGCAUCAAUUCUUAUAGUUAGCAGCUAUUUACCAAGGUCUCUCCUAAUCAUGGCUAAAAAUAUCAUCAAAUGUAUUAAACUACAAUCUAAAAUGUAGUUAAUCUGGUAACAAAAGAAAGCUAUUCCAUUCUUCAUCUCACAAUCCUUUUUUAUUUCCUAGUCUUUACGAAUCAAAUAGGAAGAUCGGAUUCUCAAAAACGCAACUCUCAUCUCUCCACAUCUUUUAUCAUCUUUUAUUUUCAUCCUCAUCCACUUCUACUUGCCUCGAAUCUUUCUCCCCACCUCUAUUCUGUGACCAAUCAAUUGAUCUCGUGAAAAUUUUGCUUCUAUUAUUUUCUGUUUUGUGCUGCUAUUUGUUUUUGUUUUCUUUUGAUUUCUUAUUGAGUGUUUCACUCAAUCCUUUGACACAACUGGAAUCAGUUUAAAUAUUAUUUUUAGUUUAUAGUUUUUAAAUUUUUUCUUUUGAUCUCUGCAAAGUUAAAAUAAUAAACUUAGUGUUACAAUGGAUCCAGAACAGUUUUUGGAAAUGGCCAACAUGGUUUCAAAGAUGAAAAUGUUUCCUUAUUUUGAGAUGGCUCAUGCAAUUAUUAGCUGUCUUUAUAUACGAGAGGAUCUUGGUGCAACGGCUCAUCCAUUUACCCGUAAACAUCCAUUCUCUUGUUGGCUAUCAUCGAUGAUAAAUAUUUUUGCUGGCUCUAUUUUAGCCAAUUUUCUUCUAGGCGAACCAGUAAUUGCAGCUUUUAAAAAUCCUAAUCAAGUUUUACUCGCAACCGUCAUUUGGUAUCUUAUAUUUUACUCGCCAUUUGAUGUUAUCUACAAAAUUUUUAAAUUCAUGCCUUGCAAGGUUGUGUUAGCAGCUAUGAAAGAGGUAAUUCGAUGCAAAAAGGUUCACGACGGUGUCACUCAUGCAUCUAAAAUCUAUCCAAAUGGUUAUAUAAUCAUGAUUUGCAUCGGAACAGUCAAAGGUAAUGGUUCUGGAUUCAUGAAAUUGAUGGAGAGAUUGAUGAGAGGUACUUGGACACCGAAUGCUUUUGAACUGCUUUCUCCUACUUUCCCGACAAAAGCCUCUAUCGUGGCUUCAAUCAUUUUUAUAAUUGACAAAAAAACAGAUUGGAUAUCUGUUCCGCACGCUCUAGUCUACUUUGGAAUUGUGAUAUUCUUUGUAUAUUUCAAACUUUCAGCAAUGCUUUUAGGAAUUCACGAUCCGUUUAUACCUUUCGAAAAUUUAUUCAGUGCUCUAUUCUUUGGAGGGAUUUGGGAUGCUUUAGCCCAUGUUAUUUCAAAUGCCAAAAAAAGUGACGAUUCUGGACCUAAAGUUGAGAUUCCCCGAAGAGAAGAAGCCAAAAAGAAAGAAUAAUUUGCUUGGCAUUACGAACUUAUUAAUUACGAUCAAAUUUUAAUCAUCAUAUAAAUCAUCAGUGAUCUCAGAUUUUUAAUCUUCAUUCAGACACUUAUCUAAUUUAAUUGCAAUAUGUACCCUAUAAAACUUGCAGUACUUACUUAAUUUAUAAGAACUCUAAAAAAUUCUUAUUAAAUCAUUCAAGAAAAUAAA